UCACCCCAAUAUGAAAAGCGUGUGAUUGUUUUCCACAUGAGACCCAGUGCAGAUAAAGUACGGUGGGACUAUAUAUCCACAAUGAAGACUCUUUCCCCACUUUAACUGAAAGCAGGGCAGACAGUGAUUGUUGUCCGUCUUCGGUAUAUUAUGAAGGCGACAUCGUCUCCGCAGGACGUCACCCAUGCAGCAUCACUGCUGGCAUAUCUGAACCAUCAGAGGGAUCGAGGCAUAUUCUGUGACUGUGUACUCAGGCAGGGGCAGAACUCAGAUCAGCUUUACCAUGCACACAGGUGUAUCCUGGCAGCCUCCAGCCCAGUGUUGGCAUCCAUCCUGUCCUCAUCUGGUGUCCUGGUGGAGCUACACGAUCCAAGUCUCCCGGACUCUGUGCUGCCGUCCCUUUUGGACUACAUUUACACCGGGGUUCUUCCGCACCCUCUCAGCAAACAGGAAUAUUACAGACUGCUCUCUGCCGCCUGCCAAAUGCAGAUGAAAGAACUGCAGGAUGCUCUGAGAGCUAACUGGCUGCAGAUCCAAGGGAAUGCUACGGAUGAUAAAAAUGCGCCAGUUAUGGUUGAAAUGUACUCAUUUAAAGAGGCAGAAGAUUCUUACAAAAUUGACUUUGAGACCUUCAAACACCUUCCGUCAUCAACCACAACAUAUCAUUUUCAAAGCCAUGAAACAACUAGACAGCCGUUACUUAAUGAGAUGUUUCAAGAACCCCGGAUCGCUUCAGGAAGCGCCAAUGCCUGUCCUGAAAAUGAUGAGGGAAAAAUAAAAAAUCAUUACGUAAAUGGUCACACAAGAACUGGUUUAGCUUCUUUAAAUGAUUUAAAUACUCUCAGUAUCCUUGAAAGCACUGACACAGACGACGCAGGUGACUACAGACAGGUAACGUCGCUCACCCAAUGGGAAUCGCUGAGGUCCAAGGAUGACAAAGCUCAGAUGCAUGACUCAUCCGGGGUAGAUGUGCAUCAUUCGCUAAACUUUGUAAAACCAGACAUGAGACAGAGAACCCCAGAGGAAGACUUACUCAGUAAAUCUAAGGAAAGAAAGAGAUGCUCUUCCUCUCCGUCAUCAUCGUCACCCCCAUGCUCUGAGGCGGUGCCUGUCAUUUGUCACAGUAGCAGAGCGGCUGUCCUGCAUCAGUCAAAAGUCUCUGUGUGGCCUCACAAUCAAGCAUCUGAGUCUUUUGUCCAGCCUCCCUCCAAAAUCGCCCACUUCUCACUCUCAUUAGACAUAGGCGAUGACAACACUGUUGAAGCAAUUACCACUCAGUGCAAAGAUCAAAAUGGAGAACAAAGUCAGGAUCCCAGAAGCACUAUAAGGCACACCAGCUGUGCUACUGGCCACAAGGUGGACAAGGAUUACAGCAGCAACAAUGGACAUUUAUUUAAAUUCAAUGACACCUGCAAGAAUGCAUCAAUGCAUUUCUCUGCUACCGCAUGUGGCAAAGUGCUGGAAAGCAGAAAAAAUUCAUCCCCUGAAACCGCGGAGCCAUGUUCCUUUUUAACAGCACCCAUUGACCACAAGUUGUCGGGCGCUACGAGACGCACUGCUCAGCCAAAUCAUUGGCAUCUUCCUCAUCAGGAUGGACGAUGUGAAGACGCAUCACUUCAAGAUUCAAAUCACCAACCCUUAAAGCCUGCUUUGUCUCCUGAUUCAGAUGAGUUAGGCGGUGAAGUUAAUGCUCCUUUUUCAGCUAAAAGAUCACUGAGUCAAUACUUUUUUACAGAGAUAGAAGACCAGUCGGAUAUGAACACCAAACAUGAUGAGCUACCUGUGCCCUGUCAGCAUGGGCAUGACAAAGAGGUAAAGCAGUUUGUUGGCAUGGAUACAGCUGAUGCACAAGCAAAUCAGGAUUCCUCUGUAGCCAGAGCUGAGACGUUAGAUGAGGCUGAUGGACAGAGAGACAUCCAACAAGGAAACCCGUUUGAUAUAAAACCAUCCCAAACAGAAGAUUGCAUUACACUAAACAUUAGCAUGACGGAGGUUCCCAAACCUAAAGAGCUUGAAACUCAGAGCAGCUCCUCUCCAGUUUACUCACCUCUGAGUGAGCCGGACUGUGAUCGAGCCUCAAAGCCAUCAACUGUAUCUGUCUGCAUACCUUCUACCCUUCCAGCCAGCAUGCCAACAGAUAGGUCAGCUCAUCUGUCAUCUCCCAAUCACCAGCCUUUCCAGUGCUCUUUGUGUGAUCGCUCCUUCAGCCAGAGAGGUUCUCUGAACAGACAUGUGCGGAGCCACCUUGGCGUUCGGCCCUUCCCCUGCCCCUGCUGCCCGAUGACCUUCUCACGCCAAUAUCGUGUCACAGAGCACAUGCGUGUUCAUCAACGUUCUGCCCUGGGAAAUGACUUACAAAAGUCCUCUGUCAUAAACAACAACUAAAUGUCACAAAACUGGAAUUGAUUAGCAUUUUUAUAGUACAUUAGAAUGUUAAGAAGGAAAAUUGAUAGCUUAUUUGUGGAUGAUGGACUCCUGUCAGCUUUUGAAGGUUUUGCAAACCUCACGUUUCUCAGUUUGUGGCAUUCUUUGGAAUCCAGUGUAAAAAUCUAGCAGCAGAGGCAUCUUUAGCCACUUUUCAUCAUGAUCUUCCCCAGCAGCUGAUGAAGAACAAAUCUGUCCUGUUACAUUUUUAAUUUAUAUUUCUACUUCUACAAUUAUUUUUGGCAGCUAUUUUCCUUUGAAGUCCGCUGACAUCAAUAAAAAUUGAUGUCAGCAUUUGUUACCUGACAUGAAACUGCAGAUAGAUGUUAUUAGCCGUUACAUGUAGAACCUUCAGAUGCUGGGAAUUUGGCAGCUUCAGAUUUUUUAUUUUCCUGCUUCGAACUAAAGCCACAAUUCAGCGGCAAUGUUUGUGCCUGGAGUGUGUUGAAGACUUCAUUGUUCUCACGAGAUAACAAAAUAUGUCUACGAAGCGUUCCUAACUUCCCCAGUCAUCGAGAACAUAAAAGUCACUUCCACUUCGCUAAAUUUUUUUGGCUGUUACCAGAAUGUUUUUUUUUUUUUUUUUUUUUUGCACAGCAAGUGCGUCAAAAUCUAAGAAAUGACAUGGCAGCUCAGUCAAGAAACAGUUUUAGCAUUUUAUUUUAUAUUGUCACACAGAUGUUUGUAUUUAUGCAGCUGAAUCCAUAUAAAAGAUGUUAAUAAUGUUAAUAAACAGACAAUGUUAAUUUAGCACAAACAAGGUGAUGCUUAUUAGCUCAACAUCCAAGUCAGUGUAGAAUAUGAACUGACAGAUGAUGCAUAUUGCAGUCGUUUUCAUGUCUUGGGAUAUUUCUCCCUUAAAAAGACAUAAAAAGAAAACUUCAGAUAGUGUUAUUUUUUGGGAGGGAGUGGAGAAGGGAGUGUUGCUAAAAACAAGUUUAUUCCUGUGCCUUCUGCCAGUAGCCUUCUGUUUAUCCUCUGGUUCUCUAUCUGCCUUAUGCAGAAACCUAUGCUGUCAUGAUCAGUUACUGACAUGGAUAAAUAAAAUUGUCUCGAGGAAUAGCUUUAAAGACCCCCUGGAAAGUUCAAAGAAGAAUUGACAUGACCACUUUUCUGAUUUCCUGAAAGAAACAUUUAAAGAAAGUAGAGGGGGUUUAAAAUCUCUAAGACACAUCCUUCUUUUCUUCGACACAUCCUGGAAAUUCAAAGGUAUUCCCAGGAUACCUUGGAAUUUCACAGGUGAGUCCAAAUGAGCUCUUUGUGUGUCCUGGGGUCUCCUCCCAGUGGGAUGUGCCUAGAAAAGCUCCAUAGAAGAGAUAUGGUGGUAGCUAUAAUCUUGAAAUUACAAAUCUAUUCCUAGGAGUUCUACGUUGAGCUAUUAGUCAAUAUGUGAAAUAUGUGAUGAAUUCUUUUUAUGCAAUCUGUUUCUGUUAGUCCAGAAGGGUGCAUGUCUCUACAUUUGUGCUGCUGGUUUGCUGUGAAACUUCACCUAAAGAAACAAAAGAGUCAGUCCAGAGGUUCCAGAGUGUUCUGUCUUGUUUAUGCCAAGUUUAUUAUAAUGGGUUUCUUCAAAGUUAACUUGUGGAAUUUACUUUUUUUUUAUUGUUGGAAGUUUAAAUAAAAAACACCUCACAUAUAUGUAAAAUGAUAAUGUUGCUACAAAUGAUCACAAUGUCAACAAUACCCCGCUGACAUUUUAUCCUACUUUGAGGCAUUCCGCUUAUGAAAAAUAAAAUAAAAUAAAAAAAUGUAGAUGUAUUAGUUUUUUGGGGGAGGAGGAGGGGAUUUGUUGUCCUAUCCUUCUGCUAAGGAUAAUUUAACAUUCAAAUUAAAGAAACACAUGAUUAACUUCACAAUGAAAUUAUUUUGGAAAGCAUUUAUUGGAACUAUUAGCAGCUUUAAUGGAGUAAUAGUCUACCUGCCUAGGCCUGCCUGGUUUUCUUUCUGCAACUUUAUUUCCUUCCAUUGUUAUAGACCUCAUACUUCCCACUCUACUUGUAUUCUAUGCCGUUCACUGAAUAUGUGAGCUUGUGUAGUUAUAGGACUUUUUAUAAUUUCUUUACAGAACACAUCAUUCAAGUCCUGAACUGUCAAUAAAAUGAUGACCCUUUUUGA